AUGGCUAGUAGUUCCUACAAAUCAACAGAGGAGACAACAAACGCCAAUCGAGCCUGCCGUCUUCUCCUGGGCCCGUGUACCGACCAACUCCGAUAUGUUUUUCGUUAUUAUGUACCUCCGGCAACAUUUCCACACGUCAUUGUACAACAGAGCCCAAAUCUUCCUCGUCUAACAGUGGCUCAGAGGGAUCUCAUCUUACCUAGAGGUCGAACUUAUGUUGGAAUUUAUGAUGAUAUGGAUAUCCCAUUAUUGUAUAUUUUACUUAGGAAUAUUUGUAAUAUUGUACCCCAUAACAAUGGUUGGGGUUCUGAUCCAGACCACAGGGAUACAUCUCUGUCUGCCAACAUCGAGAGGAUCCGCAUCGUUAGGAAUAGGUGUGUACACUCCUCCAGUCCCUCCCUUUCCAAAACUGAAUUCAACUCCAUUUGGUCCGAUGUCAGAUCAUCAGUUGUGGACAUAGAUGCUUUUCUCAGCAAUGGAAAUCAUUACGAAAAAGCGGUUGACUUCCUGAGACAUGAGACUAUGGACAGUGAGCGUGAUGAACUUUACUGGAAAGAGCUAAGAAGACAAGCCGAAGAAGAUCGAGAAACCAGAGACAUGGUGCAAGAUAUAAAAGGUCAAGUGGAAGAGAUCAACAAAGACAGAUUGGAUAUUCAUAACAAGAUUCAGAUAAUUGACGAUGAAGUAUCAAAGAAUCGACGGUCAGCUGUCCCAGACAAUGUGAAGGAUGGUUUAAAGAUGUCAAGGGAUAUAUUUUCAGCUCUAUAUGACAACGACAUCUUAGAAUGGAAACAAGAGGAUAAUCUUUUUUAUGAAACUCACAACUUCACUGCAAUGCUAGAAACAGUGAGAAAACAGCAUUAUGUUAUUUUCGUCGGUGUCCCAGGAUCUGGAAAAUCAGCUACGGCUCAUCACAUCGCCCUAAAGCUCCAAACGGAAGGUUAUGAGAUUGUACCGAUCAAAGACAUUAGGAAGAUAGAGGAUUAUUGCGACACUCAGAAUCCCCAGGUUUUUGUCAUUGAUGAUGUGGUAGGUGUAUUUGGGCUUCAAGAGACGAAAUUGAACACUCUGUCAGAUUACAAAGAUAGAAUACAAAAACCUGCAAUGCCAGACUCAAAAACGUUGUUAACAUGUAGAGAAACCGUGUUUAGAAAAGCACGCUGCGUUACUUCUAUGUUUUCCAACGAAAACAAUGUUGUUAUGUUACAUAGUCAAGAAAAUGAUCUGAACGACAGUGACAAAAUCGGCAUCAUGAAAUCAAACAAUAUAGAUGCAAAGUUUAUGUCCCCAGCCAUUUCGACUUCAGUAUCAAAAAUGUUCCCCUUGCUUUGUAAAAUGUUUUCAAUGGAAGGAAAAUUGAAAUCAUAUGGAUCUUCAUUUUUCCAAGGUCCAGUUCCUUGUCUUUUGAAGGAAUUUGACGAAAUGAAGAGGCAAAACAAAAUACAUUAUGCUAUAAAAUAUGAAGUUCUUCAGAAGUGCAAAAUUUGCAGCCAAACGGAUAAUUUUGAAUUUCUAGAUGCAUUGUCAGAAAUGGAAGGUACAUACACAAAACUUUGUGGCACAGAGUUUACUUUUGUUCAUGACUCCAUGUUUGAAGUAAUUGCAUACCACUUUGGUAACCAAUUUCCUGAACUUAUUAUUCAAUAUAUGAGUAGUAACUAUAUUGCUAAUUUCAUCAAACCGUCGAAAUGCGAAGUCCAUAAUAGCGAAAACGAAAGUGAAAGUAAAGUGAGUGGAUUUGGUGGAAGUAGCGAAGUAACCGAUGAGGGAGGAAUGUUGUUCGAUUUGACUAUACGAAUAUGCGAUAAUCAAUACCCAUUGCUUGCAAAGCUUUUGUAUAGGGACAUAGAAGCCAAGAAAUUGUAUGAUGUUUUCGGAAGUGAUAUUUUGAAACAUCCCGAAUUGUGCAAGUCCUUUAUUGAUCUUUUAAAGAGAAAAAGAUAUAGGAAACUGAGAUCGUUAUUUCUGUCAGGACAGAUAAAAGUAUGUAAAUCAAUCUUUGGUGAGAUAGGUGGAGAAGACACAGAAAUACGGAAGCUACUGGUGGAUGAAAGACAAGAACCUUUCAGCGCUCCAACAAUACGAGUUAGAGUGAUCAGCUGGAUAAUCUACUAUGGACAUAAUCAGAUCCUACAGUACCUCGUAGAACAAUGUGCACGACACAAUAAAACAUGUGAUCUCUUUGAAAAUUGCUAUGAGGGUUAUAGAAGUCAUUCUAUAAUGAGUCACGGAUGGCAUUUUCAUAUACAAGCUGAAUCUAAAAUGAUUAUUGAGCAAACCCGUUUACUUGUAUUGAGUUGUUAUAGUGGUGACAUCGAAACUGUAAAAAUUUUAUUGAAAAAUGUCAACAAAACCUCCAUCAAUAGAACACCAGAAUAUUCAGGUGAUGUUAGCUUUUGGAGAAGUGUGAGAAAAACACCAUUGAUAGCUGCCUGUGAAGUUGGUAAUAUGAGUAUUGUGAGGGAAUUAUUAAAGGAGGGGGCUAUUGUCAAUCAACAGGGUAACAAUUGUACACCACUGACGGUUUCAUGUGCAGCUGGACAUAUGGAUGUGGUAAAGGUACUGCUUAAGAAAGGGGCAAGUGUCAACCCAAAUGGGGGUUUUGACACCCCGCUGAUAACUGCAUGCACAUAUGGCCAUGGCAAUGUAGUUCGGAAACUGCUCAAAAGGGGUGCUGAUGUCAAUCAACAGGGCAAAUAUGACACGCCAAUGAUAGCUGCAUGCUGGUGUGGGCAUACCGAUGUAAUGAGACACUUGCUUAAAGCGGGGGCCAAUAUAAACUUAAAAGGGAUGUUAAAUUCACCAUUGACAGUUGCAUGUACGUCUGGACAUGUAACAGUUGUUAAAGAGUUGAUAAAGUUGGGGGCUGAUAUCAAUAUACAGGAUAGAGACAGGGAAACUCCAUUGACAGUAGCUUAUGAGGAAGGCUAUACGGGUAUUGUUGAGGAAUUGCUAAAUGCUGGAGCUGAUGUUAAAUCAGAGAAUCAAGAUGGCGUGGGAACUAAUAGUAAGGGCGACGUCAUGGUGACAGAUAGACGGGUGUGGAGUAUGGAUAGACGGCAUAACCUAUGGAAAUCAAUAAGAUAUUCGAACUCCGAUUCACUGCGACAUUUACUGUGUUUGGGUCUCUCUGUAAAUCAACACUUCCAGCUGCAUGGCAUUCGGGGAAGAGAGCAUGACAAGUCAAAUGUCAAGCCUUUAUUGUUUGCGGUAAUUGAUGAACUUCCUGUAGAAAUGGGAGACAAAGUGAUGGUCUUGUUGCAGGCAGGGGCAGACGUUAAUGUCAGAAUAAAGUAUGAACAUAACGAAACUGAAUUAGACAAGGCGGGGAAUUUUCAGUCAUCUGGAGAUAACACUGGCAUUAAAUGGAGUGCCACAAAGUUUGACCCAGUGGCGGAUUUAGGGGAGGGGGACGUGCCCAAAGUUGUAGCAGUGGGUGUGUGGGUGGUGAGGUAUCCUGUAUAUGACGUAGCAGUAAGAGUUCCCAUCAUGACAAUGCCUAGCAUGACAGUCCCGUGGAGAUCGGGAUUAGAUUAG